UCUCGUUUUCAAAGAAAUGUUGAAGUCCAUGAGCAUCAGCGAAGACCACCUGAUCUCUCUGAUCACAUCUUCCACCACAAAACCCCAUCUCCGACAAAUCCACGCCGUCUUACUCCGCACUUCCUUAAUCAAAAACUCCGACAUUUUCCACCACUUCCUCUCUCGCCUCGCUCUCUCCCUCGUCCCCCGAGACAUCAACUACUCACGCCGCGUCUUCUCCCAAAGAACCAACCCAACUCUCUCUCACUGCAACACAAUGAUCAGAGCCUUCUCCCUCAGCGAAACUCCCUCCCAAGGCUUCCUCCUCUUCCGUUCCCUCAGACGCAAAGCCUUCCCUCCCUCUAACCCUCUCUCCUCCUCCUUCGCUCUCAAGUGCUGCAUCAAGUCACGUGACUUAACCGGCGGUUUGCAGAUCCACGGCAAGAUUUUUAGAGAUGGGUUUCUCUCGGAUAGUCUCUUGUUAACAACUCUGAUGGAUUUUUACUCAACUUUUGAGAAUAGUACUGAUGCUUGUAAAGUGUUCGACGAAAUUCCCGAGAGAGAUACCGUUUGUUAUAACGUCCUCAUGUCGUGUUUCCUCCGUAACAAACGCACACGUGACGUUCUUUAUCACUUUGAUAAUAUGAUUAAGAACGGGUCUGUGAACAAACCAGACGGUGUCACGUGCUUACUUGCUCUACAAGCUUGCGCGAGCCUAGGCGCGUUGGACUUCGGUAAACAGGUUCAUGCGUUUAUAGAUGAGAAUGGACUCGGUGGUGCGUUGAACUUGAGCAACACUCUUGUCUCAAUGUACUCACGUUGCGGGGAUAUGGACAAGGCGUACGAGGUUUUUAGAGAAAUGCGUGAGAGGAACGUUGUCUCGUGGACGGCUAUGAUCUCUGGUUUAGCAAUGAACGGGUUUGGGAGAGAAGCUAUUGAAGCUUUUGAGGAGAUGUUGAAGUGUGGUAUCUCUCCAGAGGAGCAGACACUCACUGGUUUGUUAUCUGCGUGUAGCCAUUCGGGUUUGGUUGAGGAAGGGAUGAUGUUCUUCGAGAGGCUAAAGAGUGGUGAGUUUAAUAAGAUGAAGCCGAAUUUGCAUCACUAUGGAUGUGUGGUUGAUCUGUUGGGACGUGCUCGUUUACUAGAAAAAGCGUAUAGUCUUGUAGAAUCGAUGGAGAUGAAGCCAGACUCUACAAUAUGGCGUACUCUUCUCGGUGCUUGUAGAGUCCAAGGGAAUGUGGAGCUUGGGGAGCGUGUGAUCUCUCGUCUUAUUGAACUCAAAGCCGAAGAAGCUGGAGAUUACGUUCUGUUACUCAACACGUACUCUUCUGCUGGGAGAUGGGAGAAAGUGACUGAGCUUCGUUCAUUGAUGAAGGAGAAAAGAAUCCAUACUAAACCUGGAUGUAGUGCCAUCGAGGUAGAACAAGGAAGAGUUCAUGAGUUUAUAGUGGACGAUGUUUCUCAUCCGAGGAAGGAAGAGAUUUAUAAGAUGCUGGAGGAGAUCAAUCAGCAGCUGAAGAUUGCUGGUUACGUGGCGGAAACGGCGUCGGAAUUGCAUAAUAUUGAGUCAGAGGAAGAGAAGGGACGUGCGUUGACGUAUCAUAGCGAGAAGUUAGCUAUUGCAUUUGGUAUUCUUGUGACUCCACCGGGGACUACUAUUAGAGUGACCAAGAAUCUUAGAACUUGUGUUGAUUGCCAUAACUUUGCAAAGUUUGUGUCUCGUGUUUAUGAUCGUGUCGUGAUCGUUAGAGACCGGUCCCGUUUCCAUCAUUUUAAAGAUGGGCUUUGCUCUUGUAAUGAAUUUUGGUGAUAAUUUACAGAAGAUUCU